CUUUGUCGUUAUUAGUUCAGGGACAGAUAUAACAAGUUGAAAUUUACUACCUCGUCCAAGGACGAUAACGAUAGGGAUCGCUGUUGUAACAUGGACGGGGAGAAGAAGGAUGUUGUUGUAGUGGGUGGAGGCCUUAGUGGUUUAGCGGCCGCCAAACUUCUACAAGAGUCCGGUUUGGACGUGCUAGUACUGGAAGCACGUGACCGAGUAGGGGGCAGGACCUUGACAGAACAUAACUCUAGCGUGAACUACGUUGAUUUGGGCGGGGCAUAUGUUGGCCCUACUCAGGAUAGACUUCUUCGAUUGGCGGAUGAAUUUGGAAUCAAAACCUGCUUGACCAAUGAGGUCGAAGAUCUUUUAUUUUACACAAGGGGAAGAGCCAAACGUUACAGUGGCGCCUUCUCGCCAGCGAGUGGCCUUUUGGAGCACUUGGACAUGAAUAACCUUUUCAGACUUAUAGAUAAAAUGGGUGACGAGAUUCCUCCUGAAGCACCAUGGAAGGCACCCCACGCCGAAGAAUGGGAUAGAAUGACCAUGCAGCAGUUUCUAGACAAACAUGUCUGGACAAAAAACAUCCAUCGCUUCGGUAAAAGUUUCAUCAAUGUGAACGUGACGUCGGAGCCUUACGAAGUCUCGGUCCUUUGGUUCAUGUGGUAUAUCAAAUGUUGUGGUGGACAAAAGCGAAUAUUCUCAACAACAAACGGCGGACAGGAAAGAAAGUUUAUUGGGGGCUCUCAACAAAUCAGUGAAAAACUUGCUGAAAAACUGGGCAAAGAGCGAGUGCUGUUAAGUCGGCCAGUAUGCCACAUAAGUCAAACGACCAAUGACGUCACUAUUUCGGAUACAAACGGAAAUAGCUAUAGGGCAAAACAUGUUAUCAUUGCAACGCCAUUACCAUUACAAAGUAAGAUUACAUAUGAUCCUCCCUUGCCCAGUUUGAGGAAUCAAUUGAUUCAACGACUUCCUAUGGGCUCUGUCAUCAAGACAUUCUGCUAUUACAAGACUUCUUUUUGGAGAGAAAAGGGUUUCUGUGGAUCCACUGCCAUAGAUGAUGACGAUGCUAUUGUUGAAUUUACCUUGGACGAUACUAAAUAUGACGGAAGCCAUCCAGCAUUAAUGGGAUUCAUACUGGCUGAUAGGGCAAGGAGUUAUGUUACCAUGACAAAAGAAGAAAGAAAAGAGAGAAUAUGUCAAAUGUAUGCCAAAGUGUUCCAAUCAGACGAGGCAUUACAUCCUAUACAUUAUGAAGAGAAGAACUGGUUAGGGGAGCAGUGGUCAGGGGGAUGUUAUACAACCAUGAUGCCCCCAGGAUUCCUGACCAACUUUGGCAAAGAAUUAAGAAAACCUGUGGGUAAUUUAUAUUUUGCGGGGACAGAAACCGCCACCCAAUGGUCUGGUUAUAUGGAAGGGGCUGUCCAAGCAGGGGAAAGAGCGGCCAGGGAGAUUUUACAUACCUUGGGUAAAAUAACCGAAAAUGAAAUCUGGCAAGAUGAAAAAGAAAAUAUGGUUGUGAAAGCUAAACCGUUUGAGAGUACAUUUCUUGAGAGAAAUUUGCCAUCUGUCGGUGGUUUUCUAAAACUUGUUUCCUUGGCAUCAAUAGUUGCUGGCGGUACAGGUGUCUGUUUUUAUUUGAAAAAGCGUUAGUUUAUCCUUCACUAGUGUGUGUAUAGUUUGAGUUGACUUUGAAUGUGAACAUAUUUCAUGACAUUCAUAUUCCAGUGAACAUUUUGUUUUCAUAUGCCAUAUUUAACCAAAGAUUGUAUAUACUACAUGCAACACAAGAAGAUUUUAAUAGCAGCUAACAAAAUUGUGUCAUAUAAAAGAACAGGUUAGUUGUUUUAAAAUAAAUACAUUAUCAUAGUGAA